AUGCUCGCCGCCACGAUCCUCUUCUUCGCCGCCGCCGCCCGCGCCAUCCAGGUCACCGCCCCAGCCAACGGCACCAUCUGGAAGUCGGGCGAGGCCCAGACCGUCUCGUGGAGCUCGGUCAACACGGACCCCAGCGAGUUCACCAUCGCCGUCCAGAUCCAGCAGCCCUUCUCGACGCUGGAGGUUGCCAACGUCGAGACCUCGGCCGGCUCGUACUCGUGGACCCCUCCCGCCACCCUCAUCGGCACCGACUACCGCAUCAACUUGCUCAACAAGGACGGCGGUAUCCUCGCCCAGUCGGGCUACUUUGACGUUGAGCAGGGCUCUGCCGUUGUCUCGUCGGCCUCUGGUUCAGCCUCUGGCUCGGCCUCUGGCUUGUCCUCUGUUUCGGUUUCGCGCUCGGCGUCGGCUUCUGGCAGCCUCUCGGCUUCGGCUGGCGCGUCCGCCUCGGGAUCGGCCUCUGUGCCCAACGCCACGCCGUCCAGCGGCGCCGGCGCGCUCGUCCCCUCGCUCGUCCUCGUUGCGGGCUCGCUCGCGGCCCUCCUCGCCUAA